AUCUCUAUAUCUCAAAUACUUUAUAGCAAUGUAGUAUUUUACCAGUUUUUAUUUUUAUUGGCUAUUCAUAACUGAUAAACCCGUUGGUAGAUACCCAAUCAGCAUUCGUAUACGUGUCAACAGAAAUUAUGAGAAUUUAAGAAUACGUCAGUUUGAAAAUUUCGAGGAAUUUUAUAGAAUUUUAAAAUGGAAUUAGAGUAUAAUCAUUUUUUGAUAGUGUUCCUGUGUUUAUACAAUAGUGCUAAGAGUCAGUCGAUAAAGACUGAUGUAAAAAUUGAUGCUAAAGAACUAAGAUGUUUAGUGUGCGAAACGAGCGUGCAAGAAGUAGCCAAGGCAAUCAAUAAGUUGGACCCUAACAAAAAAGUGGAUGUAGGGGGCUACAGAUUGGACAUUGACGGAAAUUACAAUCACAAAGCUAUUUCUGAGGCAAAGUCUGAGCUGGCUCUCUCUGAGAUAAUCGAAAAUGUUUGCGAAAAGAUGGAUAACUAUGUUCGAGCCACUUGGAAGUCAAAUGGCACACUUACGCUCUUGAAAAUGAUCUCUGACGAGGGUACUAUGAGCCCCAACUUUGGAGAUGUUGAUAUCCUACAGGACGAUGAUUUGAAUAAGAGUCUCAAGUAUUAUUGUGAAGAAUUUAUGGGAGAGUAUGAAGAGGAUCUGAUAAAACUGUAUCAAGAAGAACAUGAAGAUGUCCAAAAAGAAUUUUGUGUGCUGCAAACCAAAUUGUGUCCUUCCAAAAAGAAAGUUAAACAGGAACUAUGAUUUUGUUGAGUUUGAUAUUUUUUUCCACUGUAUGCAUUUUUAUAAAAAAGUUAUUUGUUAAGAAUAAAAAAUAUUUUUUCUAUCG